AUGGCGGACGCGCCGGCCGCGGCGGCGAUCCCCGCCGCCACCGAGCCUCUCGCGGCGGUGGCGGAGGAAGGGGAAGGGGAAGCGGAGGCGGGGGCGGACGCGGACGCGCCCGCCGAGGCGGUGGGGUCCACCCUCACCAUGGAGCGCGUCGCCGCCGCGAAGAAGUUAAUCGAGAACCACUACCGCUCGCAGAUGAAGAACAUCCAGGAUCGCAAGGAGAGGCGCUUUAGAUUGGAGAGACAGCUAGCCUCUUCUCAAGUUCCCAAGGAGCAGCAAAUCAAUUUAAUGAAAGAUCUUGAGAGGAAGGAAACUGAAUACAUGCGACUUAAAAGGCACAAAAUUUGUGUGGAUGACUUUGAACUGCUUACUAUUAUUGGGAGAGGUGCUUUUGGAGAGGUUCGAUUGUGUCGAGAGAAGACCUCUGGCAACAUUUAUGCAAUGAAAAAACUCAAGAAGUCUGAUAUGGUUGUCAGGGGCCAAGUGGAACAUGUUAGAGCUGAAAGAAACUUGUUGGCAGAAGUUGCUAGUCACUGCAUUGUGAAGCUUUACUAUUCUUUCCAAGACACCGAGUACCUUUACCUUAUUAUGGAGUACCUCCCUGGUGGUGAUAUCAUGACCCUUCUCAUGAGAGAGGAUACCUUGACUGAACAUGUGGCGCGAUUCUACAUUGCUGAGACAAUUCUUGCUAUUGAAUCCAUCCAUAAACAUAACUACAUCCACAGAGAUAUUAAGCCUGAUAAUUUGCUUCUAGAUAAGAAUGGUCACAUGAAGCUGUCAGAUUUUGGGCUGUGCAAGCCAAUUGAUUGUUCGAAGCUCUCAACUUUGAAUGAAGAUGAACCCAUGGGUGAUGACAACUUGAGGGAAUCAAUGGAUAUUGAUAGUUCUUCGUCGGAUACAGCAAAUGGUAGAAGAUGGAGAAGUCAGCACGAACAGCUUCAACACUGGCAGACGAACAGGAGAAAACUGGCAUUCUCAACUGUUGGGACACCGGAUUAUAUUGCUCCAGAGGUUCUGCUAAAGAAGGGAUAUGGAAUGGAAUGCGAUUGGUGGUCUCUGGGCGCGAUCAUGUAUGAGAUGCUAGUUGGGUAUCCACCAUUUUACGCUGAUGAUCCAAUAACUACAUGCCGAAAGAUUGUGCACUGGAGAAACCAUUUGAAAUUUCCUGAGGAUGCAAAGUUGUCAAAUGAAGCAAGAGAUCUCAUUUGUCGGUUAUUAUGUGAUGUUGACCACAGGAUUGGCAGUGCAGGGGCAGAUCAAAUAAAGGCACAUCCUUGGUUCCGAGGAGUUGCAUGGGAUAAACUUUAUGAAAUGGAAGCAGCAUUUAAGCCUCAAGUAAAUGAUGAACUGGAUACACAGAAUUUCAUGAAAUUUGAGGAAUUGGAAAAUCCUCCAGCCAAAUCAGGCUCUGGGCCUUCAAGAAAGAUGAUGCUAAACUCCAAAGAUCUUAGCUUUGUGGGGUAUACAUACAAAAACUUUGAUGCAGUGAAAGCAAUAAAAAUUUCAGAUCUGCAAAGGAAUUCAUCUCGAACAAGGCCUUCCAUUGGUUCGAUAUUCGGUCCACCAGGCAUGGAUUCUCCCAUGGAACCUAACGGGAGGGACACACAUAUGCACACAGUUUCAUCUGGUGAUCCAAUGAUUCCCUAA